CUGGAUUCUACCUAACUUCAGAUCUGUUUAAUUACUCAUUGACGUAAAGUAAGCAUUGUUAUCAAUUCAAUAAUAAUCUGUACGCGUUAGUUCAGUGACGCCCUUGACGGGGCAGUGAACGAACGUGUUAUAAUAUUAUUUUCAUAUUUUUUCUCGAAACUAUUUAAGAAAUAAUAAUGCAAGAAUUCAAACCUACAGAACACCAGCAUGUUCGAUACAACCCCCUCAAAGAUGAAUGGGUUCUCGUCUCUCCGCAUCGCUGCCUUCGACCCUGGAGCGGGCAGACGGAAGCAGCUCCUGAGGACCAACCACCAGACCCAUUAAACCCCCUCCUGCCUGGUGCUACGAGGUCCAGUGGGCAGCGCAAUCCUGCCUACACUUCCACAUACGUGUUUCCAAAUGACUUCCCGGCGUUAUUAGAGCGCGUGCCUGAUCCGCCACCGUCAGAACAUCCCCUCUUCAGAUCAUCAGCUGCUAAGGGAACUUGCAGAGUGAUGUGCUUUCACCCUGACUCCACGAUGACCAUACCGUUGAUGACCGUCGACGAGAUCCUAGCUGUUAUUAACGAAUGGGUCAACCAGCUACAAGAGUUGGGUCGUAAGUACACGUGGGUGCAGAUAUUUGAGAAUAAAGGGGCAAUUAUGGGAUGUUCGAAUCCCCACCCUCACUGUCAAAUCUGGGCGUCAAGUUACUUGCCCAAUGAACCUCGAGUUAAGGAACGAUGCCAGAAGGAAUAUUUCAUCAAAUUCAAACGUCCCAUGCUGUUAGACUAUUUGAAGGAAGAAAUGAUCAAGAAGGAACGAGUUGUAAUUCAGAACGCGGAAUGGGUGGCGUUAGUGCCAUACUGGGCCGUGUGGCCUUACGAAACUAUGCUACUACCAAUAAAUGGUAGACCGCAGAGGAUGACCGACUUGACAGAGGAACAGAAGCGGUCGCUAGCGGAAAUUAUGAAGCAGUUAAACAUCAAAUAUGAUAAUCUGUUCAAAUGCAGCUUCCCUUAUAGCAUGGGUUUUCAUGGUGCCCCAACUGGCCCAUCGGCUGCUCCAGGCGACUCCCCUCACUGGCUCUUGCACGCCAUCUACCUACCACCGCUACUGAGAUCGGCAACUGUCAAAAAGUUUAUGGUCGGCUAUGAAAUGUUGGCACAGUCCCAAAGGGAUUUGACGCCUGAACAAGCCGCUCAGAGGCUGAGAGAGUGUGAUGAUGUACAUUAUAAGGCCAAGAAGUAGAUUUUUUUGGACGCUUACUCAUAACUAGUCUUGAAAUGUAUGAAAAAAAUAAACAAUGAAUUUAUUUUUGCAAAUAGGCUUUAAAACGACACUUUUACACGUCAAAAUAUAUGUAAAAAUAACCUAGAUGAACAUUUCCGGUCUAUCUGACUACUCUGAAAAGAAAUCCCGAAUCAAACUAAAAAGUCCAUCUCUUGUCGUACGUGUCGUAUGUCGAACAUGUUGCUUACAAAUUUGAGCUCCAAGCGUUUUUUAAAUCUUGAACAUUUAAGUGAGUAAGCAGUAAAACUGACGUCUGAAUGUUGUGUUUAUAAUUUCGUUGUAAAACUUACCGUGUUGAAGCUAUAUGAGUUUGUAAGUUUGGGAAUAACUUUUUUAUAAUAGUUACUAAGUCAUAAAAUAUUGUAGCACGUUAAUAAAAUGCUUUGUUAA